GCUUGUGAGCAAUGAUAGCGUUUCAUUGAUAGUGAUGAUGACGGCUACAAAAAGGCAGGUCAGGGCUCAUGCUGAGGGGGUGGAGUUUAUACCGACUUUCUCGACUUUUAUUUUCGCAUUGUCGACCUUUUUAUUCUGACUUGCAGCUAGCUCUAAAGCCUAGCUGGUUUAUAGUGCUCAAGUCCAGUGUUUGCCUUUUUAUAUCAGACCUCAAAUCGCAAGCUUUACCUUUUUGCACAAUGGCAUCCACAGAGGAAGCUACUCCGGCACUGCCAGACUAUGUGACGGACGAGAAUGCCGUGACCAAGGAUAAAGCAAAAUGGAGAUACGGUAGAGCCCCAGACUAUAGCAAGACGCGCAAGAUCUGGGCCGAGAGCAAAAAGUCAAACCACACAGCCGGUUCGCUGCCCGACCUGAUCGAGAAGCUGGUCAAGAACUGGGAGGUCGAGGCGUCGUUCAAGGUGGACCUGGCCGACUGGCGCACCGUGGACCGCGAGACGUACUGCUUCUCGGUCAACGGCGGGCCGCCGCAGACGGGCCAGCACAUGCUCGAGGUCGGCACCUACAACGCGCUGAUCCAGUCCAACGAGUUCUACUGCCCCGCCCACAGCACCUUUGAGGACAGCCACAAGACCUUCAAGCGCAUGAUGCCCACCUUUGCCUGGGAGGUGCUCGAGGUCUACAGCGGCCCGCCCGUCGCGGCGUUUCGGUGGCGGCACUGGGGCACCUUCAAGGAGAAUUACAAGGGGGUGAACGGCAAGGGGGAAAAGGUCACCAUGAAAGCACACGGCGGAACCAUCGACAUUGAGGGCAUCGCUGUGGCCACGCUCAACGACAAGCUGCAGAUCAAAAAGGUCGACAUCUGGUUCGAUCCCAUGGCCAUGUUCCACCAGAUGAAGGAGGUUCUUGGCGACGAGUCUGUCAAGGAGAUUGUGCAUCCUGCCGCCCAGGGCGAGGCUAGUGCUUAGAGUGAAAGAUGAGGAUUGGAUUGAUAAAAUCGGCGCUCGGAAAUGUCUCACAUCGGAGGGUGUUAGUUUAGACCAGAAAAGUAUAUGCCUUCUAUAGUGUUCUACAAGUCUGU